AUGGUGUUUGCUCUGCCUUAUUUGAAGGACUUACCAUACCCCAACGACUCUUUCAUAAUCAGAGCGAUAACAAUAUUCCUGGCAACAUUGGGAAAUGGCACGGUUAUCAUGAUCAUCAUCUUCUGUUUGAUCUGGCAAAAGCAGAUGAUCGGAAUCGGCGAUCAGUUGCAUGAGUUCGACGGAAGAUUCGGUGCUAAGCUACUUGGAGGAAGCACUUCCUCGUUCCAUCCUCUUCGUACGUUCGUCACGAUCGCGGUGAUGAUCGCUAUUUGGACUGCGGUAGUGAUCAUGGAACUCCGGUACAAAAACGGUAUCAUCUACCUCAUCACUUCUGGCCUGAGCCAGAUCUUCAUCAGUUGGUUAUUAUUGCAGUACAGUCUGAUGAUCAAUGCUCUUCAAUACCGAUUCCAAAAGCUCAACGAUACUCUUCUUGACGCGACUAAAACUCCCAUCAUCAACGAGAAUUCACAUCAAGAGCGGAAUCCUUCCGUCGAUCGUCUGAUUGGGGAGCAUUUGAUCCUGGUCAAACAAGCAAGAACUCGAAUGUUCAAUGUCUUCAAGGACAUCUCCAGGCACUACAGCUUUCCAGUGCUAGUUUCUAUUUUCCACUGCUGUUGCUGCAUCGUUUACGAUUCCUACUUCUACAUCGUGACCGCCAUAAAACCAGCAACUGGCAGUGAAAUUGUUGAAGUCUUCAUUGAGUCUCUUUUCUGGAUCCUCAUGGUUUCGUAUCCAAUUGUCGUGCUGAGUGCGAGUGUCACGACAUUUCAGGUGGAAGCAUAUCGGACAGCGGAUGUUCUUUACGACAUCAAAGAGGCCUUUCCUUCGAACAAAGUCAUUAAAUCUCAGGUGACAAAUUUUGCUGUUGAGUUGCUGCACAGAAAAGUCGACAUCAGUCCCUAUGGACUUUUCUCUUUGGACUGCACAUUAUUGCGGACAAUAUCCGGAACAAUGGUCACGUAUUUGUUAUUCCUGGUGCAGUUCAAGGCAUCGGAGAGUGAUUUGUAA